UCCGCACACCUCUCUUACUAAUAUGCGCUGCACUUCUGGCGUGGAAGGCGAGCCAUAUUAACAGCAAAUCUUGACAACGCAAUGAUGUUUCUCGAAGUGAUUAUCCUGUCUUUUCUAGCCCUCGAAUUUCUGGGCCAAGCAGAAGAUCUUCCACCAGUCGCACUUCCCGAUCCAUCCGAGUGCAUUGGCGACCUUGAGAGCUGGGUCGCCUGCGACUCAUUCGUCGCCAAAUCCAUCGAAUGCUUGGCCAAACCCACACAAGAAGAGAAGGACACAUGUCCAUGCAACGAAGACUUCUGGAAUACUAUAACUGCUUGCGAAAACGAGAUCCGAAUAUGCACCCAGUCCAGCCAAUCCGACUCAUCCUUCGAAGACCUCAAGAAGCAAUGGCAUGCAACAUGCGAUGCGAAAGUAGACUUCACAGUGACCACCCAGCCGCUGGUAUCCCUCACUGUCGAUCCAGGAUUCGAAGCAGCGUGCGAAAGCAUAGCUACGUCGUGCCUAGAAGGCGUCGAUAUGAUGAGCAAAUGCACGCAAUCGUACAGUAACACGCAAUUCCUAUCAUGCGCGUGCCAGGAGCAACUCACCUCAUUGCGCUCAGUGUGUUCCGUCGACGGGAACGUGUCGUGCUUGGCGACAAAUGCGGAGAUCGGGAAUGUGUAUGGCUAUUCAGUCUGCCUGGCAUACUCGGAGGGAUUAGACGGACCGGGAAUGACGUCCGCACUCUCGUAUUUCGACAUGCCGUACUCGAACGAAGCUUCUGCGACGGAAGAAGAUCGCCCCUCUGCACCUCCAGGUACGCACGAUCAACCGACCGCAUCCCAGGUCACGAGUGCUUAUCCAUCAUCACCAUUUCAAGGCACCAGAACGGAGCCUGACGCGGAAGUCACGAGCUCGGCUCCUCCCUUGACGUCUGUUCUUCUCCCGGGCUUUACCGCGCGUCCGUCGGUGGGAGUGAGCGGGAUCCCUUCCGAGCUACUAUCUGCUUUUGAAUCGGUCUCGGAAGCGCUGUUUUCGUCGCAACACUCAGCCGCUGGGCCCUCAGCUCCAACAAGCACGGACGCAGCGCCACGCAUUGGGGCCGUCCAUGGGCUUAUCGCUUCCGUGUUCGUCCUUGCUCUCAUUGUGUUUGAGUUGCUCUGAAACGAUAUCUUGGCGCAGCCUUUGAUGGUAUGCCUAUCGUAAUAUAGGUUAGAAUGGGAAAUGAACCUGGAGACUGUUAUCGCGUAGUGGAUGGAUUGAACACCUACAUUAUCCGGCCGUACAUAUGUGCUAUAACUUUACACUAAGGAACAAUACGUGUUCCAGCAACGAGAAUCGGUCAGCUCCUAGGCAGAAUCGAAUACCCGGG